UGUUGUAAACGUUCAGCCUCCUGAGGGCUAGGGGCAGGGGGAAAACUCGAGUCAAAAUCUAUUAUUAGCAGCAUAUCCUGUACCAUACCAGACUGGCAACUCCCUUGUAAACCAACUUGCUACUGGACAGUGUUCGGAUAUGUGAGGGGGAAUCGGCUCCACGGAAAACUGAGUCAUUUGUUUGACUUUAACUGUGCAGUGGUCCUUCACUACUAGGGUUUUUAUGUCUUCGACUGUGUAGCGUUCAAAGGAUGUUCCCCCUGUGUAGGGUCGCUAUAGAAAACAUGCAGCACUCUUGGACAAAGUUACAUUUGUCAUAUUUGUGUGUGGUUGGCCAGGCCUUGCAGGGUGAUGCUCGAGCCCAUAUGGUGUCAGACCGUUUGGGACUGGGCCACAACUUGGACUUGUCGGACACCAUGGUCCAGCAGAAGCUAGAUGAGAUCAAGGAUCAGAUUAAACGCGAGAUCCGUAAAGAGCUGAAGAUUAAGGAAGGAGCGGAGAACCUGCGGAAAGUCACCACAGACAAGAAGAGCCUGGCCUACGUGGACAACAUGCUAAAAAAGUCCAGCAAGAAGGUGGAGGAGCUGCACCAGGAGCUGCAGGAACUGAAUGCCCACAUCGUAGUGAAGGACCCAGAAGAGCUUCUAGUUUCCGAGUGCCCUCUAACCCCAGACACCCCCAGCAGCGAGGCUCGGGCAUGCACCAACAGCAGCCGCCUGGCUGCACUGAAGAAACAGAAUGACAUUGAGCUCAAAGUCAAACAGGGAGCGGAGAACAUGAUACAGAUGUACUCCAACGGCUCGUACAAGGAUCGCAAGCUGCUUGCCAUGGCCCAGCAAAUGCUCCAGGACAGCAAGACAAAAAUAGAGUUCAUCAGGAUGCAGAUCCUUAAAGCUAGCCAGACCAAUGAGAUGACCUAUGACAAUAAUGAUGUGUCUACAAACAAGUCCAUUAUCAGUCCCCUGGACUUGCGGCUGGAGGAGCUGCGUCAUCACUUGAGGAUUGAAUCUGCUGUGGCAGAGGGAGCCAAGAAUGUGAUGAAGCUGCUGGGUUCGGGGAAGGUGACUGAGAAGAAAGCCCAUUCAGAGGCCCAGGCACGCUUUAAUGAAUCUAGCCAGAAGCUGGACCUGCUGAGGUUCUCCCUGGAGCAGAGGCUAAGCGAGCUGCCUAAGAACCAUCCAAAGGCCAGUGUAAUCUCAGAAGAGCUGGCCAUGGUUGCUUCUCCUCCUCAAAGCCCACGGCAAAGCAUCAUCUCCUCACAAAACCAGUACAGCACUGUGGCCAAACCUGCUGCUCUCACCGGGACGUUAGAGGUGAGACUCAUGGGCUGUCAGGACCUGCUGGAAAAUGUUCCGGGCCGGUCUAAAGCAGCGUCUGUGUCCCUGCCUGGCUGGAGCCCCAGCGAAACACGCUCCUCCUUCAUGAGCCGAACAAACAAGAACAGACCGGGCAGUAGCAAAAACCUCUCCAAAGCAGACGAGCUGUCCAAUGAGAUCAGCGCUGUUCUGAAACUGGACAACACAGUUGUGGGACAAACUACCUGGAAGCCAGUCAGCAAUCAGUCCUGGGACCAGAAGUUCACACUGGAGCUCGAUCGGUCUCGUGAGUUGGAGAUAUCUGUGUACUGGAGGGACUGGCGUUCUUUGUGUGCUGUGAAGUUCCUGCGGCUGGAGGACUUCCUGGACAACCAGCGCCAUGGCAUGUGCCUCUACCUGGAGCCUCAAGGAACGCUGUUUGCGGAGGUUACGUUUUUCAACCCAGUUAUUGAGAGGCGACCAAAACUACAAAGGCAGAAAAAAAUCUUCUCGAAACAGCAAGGCAAAACAUUUUUGCGCGCCCCUCAAAUGAACAUAAACAUUGCCACGUGGGGUCGUUUGGUAAGGAGAGCCAUCCCGUCCGUCAACAACUCCUUCAGUCCUCCUGUGGCAGAGUUGGGGUCAGCACUGAGCCCUGAACCAGGGCCGCACCCAGACUCACCCUCUCUGUCCAGUGACCCGACUGUGACCAAAUUAGACUUUGACAAAGGGGCCACUCCUCCUUCGAACCGCCAUUCUAAUGCUGUGGAACUAGAAGUGGAACCACCAUCGCAGAACAAAAUCCCUGAUGGAAAGGAAGUGCAGGAUGCGUUAGCCACCUUUGACUUCCUGAAUGACAGUCGGAACAGUACGGUAACCAAAUCAGACUAUGACAGUCUGGUAGAAGAUGAGAUUCAGCAGCCUGAUCUGGAGCUCACCAAUAUCCAGAAAACUGAAACAAGGGAAGAGCAGGAGGUCCAGUUCAGUCUCAAAGACUUUAAGUGUGUGGCAGUUCUGGGUCGUGGACACUUUGGAAAGGUCUUACUAGCUGAAUACAAGAGCACUGGAGAAAUGUUUGCCAUCAAAGCUUUGAAAAAAGGGGAUAUUGUCGCUCGGGAUGAAGUCGACAGUCUUAUGUGUGAGAAGAGGAUCUUUGAGACGGUGAACAGUGUUCGGCACCCGUUUCUGGUGAACCUUUUUGCCUGCUUCCAGACCAAGGAGCAUGUGUGCUUUGUGAUGGAGUAUGCUGCUGGAGGGGAUCUGAUGAUGCACAUCCAUGCUGAUGUGUUCUCAGAGCCACGAGCCGUCUUCUAUGCUGCAUGUGUAGUCUUGGGCCUGCAGUUUCUGCACGAGCAUAAAAUAGUGUACAGGGACUUGAAGCUAGAUAACCUGUUGCUGGAUACUGAAGGAUAUGUAAAGAUUGCUGACUUUGGUCUCUGUAAAGAAGGAAUGGGUUUCAGAGAUCGCACUAGUACCUUCUGUGGCACUCCAGAGUUUCUGGCCCCUGAAGUUCUGACAGAAACCUCAUACACACGAGCAGUCGACUGGUGGGGUCUGGGCGUGCUCAUCUUUGAGAUGCUGGUUGGAGAGUCCCCAUUUCCAGGUGAUGAUGAAGAAGAGGUGUUCGAUAGUAUUGUGAAUGAUGAAGUUCGUUAUCCAAGAUUCCUCUCCACGGAGGCCAUAUCCAUAAUGAGACGGCUAUUGAGAAGAAAUCCAGAGCGGCGCCUUGGUGCAGGGGAGCGAGACGCUGAAGAAGUGAAGAAGCAUCCGUUUUUCAGAAACGUGGACUGGGGGGCGCUGCUGGCAAAGAAGAUUCAGCCUCCGUUCGUCCCAACCAUUAAAGGCCGCGAGGAUGUCAGUAACUUUGAUGACGAGUUCACCUCAGAGGCGCCAAUACUGACCCCACCCCGUGAGCCAAGGGUUCUAACGGCCAGUGAACAAGAGUUUUUCACAGACUUUGACUACAUAGCUGACUGGUGUUAGUCCUUCCCUCUGACCAUCGCAGCCCUUGCCCAUACAUGUUCAAUACUGUGAACCAAACUAAACAACCACAACACCCACUGCCAGAGCAAGCAACUCUCUCGUGGAGGACUUGCUACAAAACAAAAUGUGCUUUUCCUCUCUCUGCUCUAACCUGUGCCAUGGAAGGGACUGGCAUUGUUGUUUUUUCUCAGCUGAAAAUGAUAAUGUAAAACCAACUCUAAUUCAGACAAAAAUAGUUAGUGAAGCCCACUGUGGCUUGUUUUUUGUCAGAGCACUGGGAUUUUUGGUAAGUGGACUUUUACAAGCUAACCUCUUGAACAGGUUCGAUGAAGUCUUCUCCCUUCGUUGUUGCUGGCUUCUCAGAGAAGAACACAGUUUGUCUCCUUUUCCACUCGUUUUCAACCCUAAAAUGUACUUAUUAUCAGAAACACACAGGAGGAGAGUCAUUGAAUCCAACCAAGACUAAAUUAUAGUUUCUUCAGACUACACAAGAGGUGGCUUUUACUUGAAGCUCAGACAAUCCCCCCCCACAAAUUGUCCCACUUAAGAACACUAUCUUUUGAUCCAAGUAUUUAUUUAGUCUUUUCUCCCCGUGAUGCCUUAAGUUCUUAACAGAUAACGGGCUUCCAGACAGUAACUGUCAGGUACU